AUGACAUUGGCAUAUUCAUUUCCCACUCCUCAGGUUCACGCCUUCCACAACCGCACCAGAAGAAGAAACCAUCUUCAGAUUAAUCGUAAGCCUAACCGAACACACCACUUUCUCUUGAUACCAACUUCUUCUCCCUCCUCGUUCCUCUUCUCUUGCUCCUCCUUCCCCCUCACAUAUUCCGACCCAACCCUCCAGUUCCGCCACCACCACCUUCUCUCCACAGAUGGUAAUUAUGUCGUCGAAGACCUUGGUGCCGCGGUCGAGGAGGAGGCAUGCCCGACGGCGGCGAGGAUCUUCUUCCAGGAGCCUCCGUGGCUCUUUCUCAAGGGGUUGCUAAUGCAGGAGGAAGAGAUGAGGGAGAAGGAGAAGGAAAGGGAAAAGUACAAUUUGCUGCGGCGGAGGCAGAUUGAGGCGGAGACGGAGGCGUGGGAGAGGAUGGUGGAGGAGUACAGGGAAUUGGAGAGGGAGAUGCGACAGAAGAUGUUGGCACCCAAUUUGCCGCACGUCAAGGCUCUCCUUUUGGGCUGGUUUGAGCCGUUCAGGACCGCCGUGGAGGCUGAGCAGAAAGCUCACCGCGCGCGCCCCAAGAAGAAACAGGAUUCUAUUGCCCCCCAUGUUGAUGACUUGCCGCCCGAUAAGGUGGCGGUCAUUGUGAUGCAUAAGAUGAUGGCCAUGAUAAUGGAAAAUGAAGAAGGCUGUGUUCAUCUUGUUCAUGCUGCUAUUCAUAUUGGCAUGGCGGUAGAACAGGAGGUUAGGAUUCAUAAGUUCAUUGAAGCAAGAAAAAGUAGCAGGAGUAACAAGACAGACGCCGAUGCCGAAGACAGUUUGCAUAGUGAUAAAGAAAAGCAAAGGAAUUAUUUAAACAGUUUAAUUAAAAAAAAUCGACUGAAAGAAGUGCAGAUGAUAUUGAAAAAAGAAUGUAGUUCUUGGAACCAGGACACGCAGGCUAAGCUGGGAAGUCGAUUAAUAGAAUUAUUAAUUGAUACAGCAUAUGUACACUCUCCAAUUAACCAGUCUGCUGAUACUCCACCUGAUAUUCGACCAGCUUUCAGGCACAAUUUUAAAGCCGCUCCAUGGCAUCCAGGGCAAAAGUUUUCGAAGAAGUAUGGUGUUAUACAAUGUGAUCCCCUAGUCCUAGUUGGACUUGAACAAUGUGCUAAACAUAUGUUAAUACCUUACAUGCCUAUGUUAGUACCUCCCAAAAAGUGGAAAGGAUAUGACAAGGGCGGACACUUUUUCUUACCAUCUUAUAUUAUGCGUACUCAUGGAUCUAGGAAGCAACAAGAUGUAAUGAAGAGUGUGAAUGGAGCACAAAUGCAAAAAGUUUUUGAGGCCUUGGAUAUUCUUGGAAACACCAAAUGGCGAGUAAAUAGAAGAGUGCUUGAAGUUGUGGAGUCAAUUUGGGCAGGAGGAGGUAACAUUGCAGGACUGGUUAAUUGUAAAGAUGUUCACUUGGUUCCUAUACCAGAUAAGCCACAUGUAGAGGAUUUAAAGCUAAUUCAGGAGUGGAGAUCCAGUGUAAGGAAGGCGAAAAAAAUUAAUCUGGAAAGGCAUUCUCUAAGAUGUGACACCGAACUUAAGCUUUCUGUGGCAAGAAAAAUGAAGAAUGAGGAAGGCUUUUAUUAUCCACACAAUCUUGACUUCCGUGGCAGAGCAUAUCCUAUGCAUCCUCACCUGAACCAUUUAGGUUCUGAUCUGUGUCGAGGACUACUUGAAUUUGCUGAAGGGCGGCCAUUGGGAAAGUCUGGACUUAGGUGGCUGAAGAUACAUCUAGCAAAUUUGUAUGCUGGUGGAAUUGAGAAACAGUCUUAUGAUGGGCGCUUAGAAUUUGUAGAGAAUCAUAUUAAUGAUAUAAUUGAUUCUGCUGAAAAUCCUAUUAAUGGAAAUCGAUGGUGGUUAACCGCUGAGGAUCCUUUCCAGUGCCUUACUGCUUGUAUUAGUCUAUCAGAGGCCUUAAAAAGCUCUUCACCAAAUUCUUUUAUCUCACAUCUUCCAAUUCAUCAGGAUGGUUCCUGUAAUGGCUUACAGCACUAUGCAGCGCUGGGAAGAGAUGAACUGGAGGCUGCUGCAGUUAACUUGGUUGCUAAGGAGAAACCUGCUGAUGUUUACACGGAGAUUGCUGUUAGUAGGGUUCAUGAUAUAAUGAGACGAGACAGCAAGAAGGACCCAGAUGCCUUUCCAAAUGCUUUGCUAGCAAAGGUGUUAAUUGAUCAGAUUGAUAGGAAACUGGUCAAGCAGACGGUAAUGACUUCUGUUUAUGGUGUUACUUUUAUUGGGGCACGAGAGCAGAUUAAGAGAAGAUUAGAGGAGAAGGGUCUCAUUACUGAUGAUAAACUUUUAUAUGCUGCAGCUUGCUAUGCAGCUAAGGUGACAUUGGCUGCCCUUGGUGAAGUGUUUGAAGCUGCACGUGGCAUCAUGAGUUGGCUUGGGGAUUGUGCAAAGGUGAUUGCUAGUGAAAAUCAGUCUGUUUGCUGGACCACUCCUCUUGGUCUUCCUGUGGUACAACCAUACUGUAAAACUAAACGUUAUCAGAUAAGAACAUCUCUUCAGCUUUUAGCUUUGCAAAGGGAGGGGAGUGCAGUAUCUGUCAAGAAACAGAGAAGUGCAUUUCCUCCUAACUUUGUACAUUCAUUGGAUAGUACGCACAUGAUGAUGACUGCCCUAGCCUGCAAUGAUGUUGGAUUAUGUUUUGCAGGGGUUCAUGAUUCAUUUUGGACACACCCAUGCGAUGUUGAGAAAAUGAAUCAAAUUCUGAGAGAAAAAUUUGUGGAGCUUUAUAACAUUCCUAUACUUGAAAAUUUGCUUGAGGACUUUCAGACCACAUAUCCAGGAUUGGCUUUCCCCUCGUUGCCAAAGAGAGGUGAUUUUGACUUACAGAAGGUUCUUGAUUCUCCAUACUUCUUCAACUGA